AUGGCGGUGUCUGACGUAGGAUAUGGAUUAAAAAGCCAUACAAGAACCCAUACAGGAGAAAAGCCAUACAGGUGCCCAGAAGAAAGUUGUGACAAAGCGUUUAAAACCUCAGGGGAUUUGCAGAAACACAUCCGAACUCACACAGGUGAAAGACCAUUUAAAUGCCCAUUUGAAGGCUGUGGCAGAUCGUUCACCACGUCAAAUAUUCGUAAAGUGCAUAUUCGAACUCAUACAGGUGAAAGGCCAUAUUUCUGUCCAGAAGCUGGCUGUGGAAGAGCCUUUGCUAGUGCCACUAAUUACAAGAACCAUAUGAGGAUACACACAGGGGAGAAACCUUAUGUAUGUACUGUACCUGGUUGUGAUAAGCGCUUCACCGAGUACUCCAGUUUAUAUAAGCACCAUGUAGUUCACACUCAUUCCAAACCUUACAACUGUAACCACUGCGGCAAAACAUAUAAACAGACAUCUACGCUGGCAAUGCAUAAACGAACUGCACAUGGUGACAGUGAACCAACUGAAGAAGAAGAAACUUUCUUUGAACCACAGGAUGAAGUUACCUCUGGAGAUGAAAUCCUUAAAGGACAACCAAUUACCUAUGUAACCGGAGUUGAAGAAGACCAUGGGUUAUCUGGACAAGUUACUACAGUUGCUCAAGCAAAUGUAGGUCAGCAUAUGGCCCUUAUUGCGCAAGAUGGUACGCAGCAACAGGUCAACAUAUCUCAGACAGAUCUGCAAGGAAUUGGCAAUACUAUAACAAUGGUAACACAGGACGGCACUACCAUCACAGUCCCAACACAUGAUGCAGUUAUUUCAACACAAGAUACGCACUCAGUUACAAUGGUAACAACAGAUGAUUCAGAUGGCCAACAGGUGGCUAUAGUGACACCAGAUUGUGAGAUGAGGGGUGAAGCUACUAUAGCUGCACUACAGGCUGCAUCCGUUGAAGUAGAAAAAAUGGUCACCCAACAGAAUCAUGAGCAUCAUUUAGUGACUGGAGGAGCACGACCUGUCACGUUACUGGCUACAGCAAAUGGCACUCAAAUUGCAGUGCAGCUUGGCGAGCAGCAAUCAUUGGAAGAAGCGAUCAGAUUAGCAUCUAGAAUACAACAUGGUGAAACGCCAGGGAUUGAUGAACAUCAAUAAAGAAAUAAUUAAAAAUAAUGUAAGGGCUGCAGUUCUGCCUAUUUCUAACAAUAAUUGUACUGUAUAUAAUACACAGACUGUAUUGCUUACAGGCCCUGUGUAGCUUUUAAACAUUUUUAAAGCUGCAAUAUAUUGUUGUGAACAUCAUGAAUUUUCAAGCAUUCAUUUAGAGUACUAAUUGAAGAUAAGCUAAUGAAGCAGAAUUUUUGCACUGCGAACUAGUCUAAGUUGAAUAUUAAUUUACCUCCAAUCUUUGCUUGUAUACUGCUCUAACUUAUUUUGUCACUGCUCAGGUGCAUUAGAUACAGCACACUUAUUUGAAAGAAAAUAGUAUCUUUGCAAACCAGUAUUCAAGUUGGAAGUAUGAAUCAGAAUAAUAUUUACUGUACUACUGAUUUCCAGUUUAAAGAUAUGGAUUCUUUAUUCCUUAUUAGUUUAUCAACUUUACUGGACACAUACUUUUCCUGUUAAAUGAUCUUUGUUAAAGUUUACACAAACUUUUUCAUGAUAUAUUGCAGCUUUAGAGUGUCUGUUAACUGUGUACAGUUUGGACUAGACAAAUCAGGUUCUUGAUAUUAAGGUACUUUAAACUGUAGACCCAAAAAUGUGGAAUACCUGAGCGUGCAUUUAAAAACUUAAUUCUGCCUGUAUUUUCACACCCAGGAAAUCGAAGUAAUAGAAUAUUAUAUUCUAGUGGAAACAUUAAAGAUUUGAACAUAUUUGGGACUACAGUUUUACACCUUUGUGGAAAUUUAUUUCAUACUACUAAAAGGUGUUUGAUCUUUGCUUGUGACCAGUUACCUGUAAAUACAUACUAAUGCCACAGAUGUAACCUACAUUUUACUUUUUACAUAUGAUCAUGUAAAAGUACAAAAAGAGGAGCUUUGGUUGUGCAAUAUUAAAGAUAUACAAUCUAAGUUUAUGUUGCUUUAUUCAAAAUAACGUUUUUGUGUCAGGUAUUAUUCUGAAGGCAUUUUAUCUGAUAAAAACAAAGGAAAAAAAUACAAUUGGUUGCUUGAAUGAUUUGAUGAAUUGGUAAUAAAGGUGCAUCCUGUACGUAGGGUUUUAAACAGAUAUGCUUAGAUUUUGGCAAUAACAUCUAUCAAUAGAAAGGUUGAUUUAUUAAAGCAGAAAAGCCACUUUGUUAAGGAGACUUCAAGAAAGUUAUUGCUACUAUACUAUAUUUUUAAAAAAUAAAUUAGGGAAAAAUUUGAAAUGUUUACUUUUUUAUUUAAAGUAGUGUAACUUCUUGUCAGCAGGUUUUGCCAGGGAAAUUUUUUUUUAAGUAUAUUAAAAGAAAAUAUUUUGAAAUUAA